AUGGAGUGGAGUGUGUUUGUCUUGCUGUUGUCCCUAAGUUCACUGCACACGGUCCACGCGAACUGUGCCGAUCGGUGCUCGACCUGCAAUUCAGUACUGGACAGCUCAAUCAAACCACUGACCUGCACUUUAGAGUGUGAAGGGGUGGUGCUGUCUACCAAUGAGUGGGAAAAAUGUGACAAGACACUUCAUUCAUACAGGCUUGACCUUUUUGGCAUUGUGGAUGAAGCUCUUGCUGACUCCAGCCUGGAUGAAAAGGAAGAUGAGAGCGCAGAAGCAUUCCUUGGAAAACAGCACAAGAGCCUUGUUAAGCGGUAUGGGGGCUUCAUGAAGAAGAUUGACAAGAGCAGAAUUAAUGCCAAACAAUUAGCCCAACAAAAUAGUUAUAAGGGACAAAAUCUUAAGUAUGGAGGAUUUCUGCAAAAGUUUGGUGAAAGGGGUGCCACUGAAAUAGAGAAAAAUUCACAAGAACUAGCAGCUGCAAUGGAAAAUCUGCUGGAAAAAAAUGAUAUCCCCUCUACCCAAGAACUAAAGCGCUAUGGAGGAUUCAUGAAAGGCUUUGGAUACAAGAGAAGUGCAGAGCUGCGUGAUGAAGAAAAUCAAGAUGUGGAACUGCAAAAGAGAUAUGGAGGUUUCAUGAGAAGAAUUGGUAGACCAAGAUAUAAAUGGGAUAACCAAAAAAGAUAUGGUGGUUUCUCGCGGCGCCAUUUCCGGGUUUCGGUCAGAUCAGAUGAUGGCGAUGUGAAUGAUUACUCUGAAGAGGGUUCAGACUUAUAA